CAGUAAUCAACUUUGUACAUUUGUCUUUGUUGUUUCACUAUUGUGACCUGCAGUUUUCUGUCAUCUCAUCUGUGUCUUGAUCAACUCCAUCCACCUCAUCAUGAUGCUGCUGUACCUGCUGAUGGUGCUGUCUGCUUUUUACUCUCCAUCUUCAUGCAGAGUGGUGCAUGACUUCUUUGGGCAUGGUGGUUGUCCAAAGUUCUUCUUUUCCGUUGGAGGACCGACUAUCCUGCCAUACCCACGAUUUGUGCAGAUUUGUCAAGAUCUUAAUGGUAUUGACAGAUUUGCCACUCUUUAUGAUACUCAAAACAGAAUACCAGUGUAUUCUGCUUAUCGGUUUUACCCUCAUGCCAGUUCUCCAAGAAGCUAUAGUUGGCGUAAAGAAAAAGAUCUCCAUGAUGACCAACAGGCUCUGAAUGAAGACUGCUUAAACACCUGUUAUGAACGUGGACAUUUGUAUUCUGCAUACCAAAAUAACAAUGACGAAGGAGUGCAUGCCACCUUCACCCUCACCAACGCUGCUCCUCAAAGCCAUUAUUUCAAUGUUCAGUGGUUCAGGUUUGGUGAACAACCAAUAGAUGAAGCUGUACAAAUGGCAUGUGGAAAAAACCCAUCAUUUGGUGCUUACAUUGUCACAGGAGUGGUACCAAGUAACCCACCGAAGUAUUUAACAGAUUUAGAUAGUGGAACACCACGAAGAGGUCAUUCAGGUGUGUUUGUGAAUGUGCCCCAUGUCUUCUGGAAUGCAUUCUGCUGCAAAGACAACAAUCAGAUCAUUAAAACUGGUGGUUUCCAUGUACAGAGCAGCCCAAAUGGAGCAGAUCAUUACAUAGAAGUAAAACAUCCAAAUGUUGCACAUCUAGAAAACGCCCUUGAGCAUUUAUAUGGUAUUCCAGGAUUUAAGGUUUUUGGUGGUCUAUGUGUUUGAUUGUGAAAAUGUUAUUGCUCUUUAAAACUUGAUAUGAUAUUGCAUACUUCAGCUGUAUAUCUGAGAUUAACACAUAUUGUCUUACAUGAUUGAGAAUGCGAUCUAAAUGCCUCUGGUUAAUUUCCAUGUAAAAUCCAUGUACUUCAUUUGUUUUACCCUGAUUUUA